CGACUCUUCCAGGAAACGGAUCAAAACUUUGAGAGUGUUGCCAUCUGGGGCUUAGUAAAAAAAUAAAGAAGGAGCAUUAACUAAAAUUCUUAGUCCCAUGCACAUCAUGAUGAACUUAUCAUAAAUAUGUAUGUAUGCUCCGCCCAAUGCUGCAUAAAAUCCGGACACCGGAGAUUUCCAGGCGAUUGUACAGCGUGGUCAAAACUAGCUGAACUACCAUCUACAUGACCGCAUCAAAGCAAAAGGAAAAGGGCUUUUACUGCACUGAACCAAAGUUCUUUUUUUCUGAAGAAAGGUGGUCCAAAUGAAGCUUCUCGUUGUUUUGGCCUCAGCGUGUGUUUUACUACACCGUGGUGUGUUUGGUGUUGAAGAAAUUACAUUGUUUGUGGUGCAGGGAGAUUUUGUCAGUCUACACACUGGUGUUAAAACAAACCAACAAGACCGAAUUAGAUGGUAUUUUAAUGACAUUCGCUUAGCACAAAUCACUGGAAUACUCUGCAAGACCUGUACAGAUGUUCAUUGUGAUAAGAUAUUCAGAGACAGACUGGAGCUGGACAAUCAGACUGGAUCUCUGACCAUCACAAGCAUAAUGACCUCAGAUGCUGGACUUUACAAAUUGAAGAUUUUAGACAGCCCCAGCAGUGAAAAGAUCUUCAAUGUUACUGUUCACGAUCAACAGAAGACAGUACCAGUGAAGGAGAGAAAAGUGGUCACUUUAUAUACUGGUGUAGUAAAUCCAGAUGAUUUGAUGACAUGGUAUUUUAAUGACAUUCUCAUCACUGAAAUCAAUGGGCAUCCUAAUGAGACCCAUAAAGAGAGAUUCAGAGACAGAUUACAGCUGGACAAUCAGACUGGAUCUUUGACCAUCACAAGCACCAGAACAACAGACUCUGGACUCUAUAAACUACAGAUCAACAGCAGCAGCAGCAGUAUUAUUAGGAACUUCAAUGUUGCUGUCUUUGAUUCACAUGUAGAAACUCCAGCACAGGAUUUAAUUUUACAUGAUAUGAAAGCAGUAUUUGUGGGUGCAGUCCUGUCAACGUUGACCAUAGCUGUUGCUCUUGGUGUGACUUUCUGUCUCUGCAAGUCGCAUGAAACAAAGCAGAAGUGUUCCACUAAAAACAGAAGAAAUGACUCUGAUGAGUCAGGAACGAUUUUACUCUAAGGUUUCCAGCAGCUUCAGUAUGAAACUAUAACUUUAGGACCUGACAUGUGGCCAAGUAUGAUGUCCCAAAACUCAGAAUUUGUGCUCUGCAUUUCACCCAUCCAAGUGCACACACACACAGCAGUGAAAGGUGAAC